GCUUUCACUUCAUUUGUCAUUUAUGUGCAACUAGCGUCUGUUGAAGUUAAAUUAAAAAAGUUUAAAGUCUGCGCAAAUUAUUCAACUGUCGUACAGUUUUUAAACAAUUUCUCAGAAUGGUUGCCCCAGUGCGUGGUCGUGGAAUGGGUUCCAAUAAAGGAAACAGAGGUAUGUCUCGUAGGCCAUUCAAUAAUAGACCUCCAUUUGCAAGUCCGCCAAUGUUGCCCCCUAUGAUGGGGCCUUUUCCUCCAAGAGGACCACCAAUGCCACCACCACCCAUGAUGCGUGGUAUGCCAAGAAGAGGUGGUCCCCCUGGUAGAAUGAUGAGACCAGGUCUUAGACCACCAGUACCACCUCCAAUGAUGCAUCCUCCAAUGAGACCUCCACCGCCUGGAAUGCGUCCACCUCCACACAUGAUGAAUAGACCACUUCCACCUCCUAUGCCUAAAGCUAGAAGUGGAUUCAAUAACCGUGGAUUUAAAGGGGUGCAAAAAGGCAAAAUUGUUAAGAAACGUAAAGUACCACCUAAAGUAAUGGAUCUAACAAAACCUUGGGUAACAGAGUCAAUAAAAUCAGAAUUCACAAAGAAAGAUGAACUCCUAAACAAAGCCAAAGAAACAACAAAACAGGAAGAUUGGACAGUAUAUAGAGAGCAAAGAGAUAAAUGUACGAAAAUAUACCAAGCUGCUGAAAUGGAGUUUAUUGGUCAACAGGAGGUGCGUAUUCCUCAACUCUUGCCAGAUGUAAAAUUUGCUCGUAUCACAGCUCCAAUAGACUAUACUGCAGAUGUGAAAUUAUAGGGUCCAAAAGUAUCCACAACUCAACAAUGUGAGGGAUUAAAUAAAUGAAUAUGGUGUACGAGGAAGCAAUUCUAACUUAAGUUCGAAUCUGAUAUAGAUUCACUUAGAACAUGUGCUGGAAAAAAAUUUCUCCAAAUAUAGAUGAUGAUGAAAGAUAAAUUCAUCUUUAGAGAAUAGUCUGAAUCAGAAUCGACGAAACAGUGUGAAGCAAUUGAAAAAGGAAGGUUGGACCAGUAUGUAAGUAUUUUUAUUCUUGAAUAAAAACACAGUAAAUUAGGAUCUUCGAAGUAUUCCCCACUCCUCCAUAAUUAUUAUUGCAAUAACAGUGGGUUUCAAGAAUUUGCGUGCAGCUUAUUUUCGAUCUUGUUUGGUUAGUUUAUGCUUUGGUUGCAGAAUUUAUUUGAAAAAAAUUUGUAAUGCGGUACUUUUGGCUUUUUGGCUGAACAGACCUCAAUUUUUCAGAUAUUGCGUUAUCCAGACUCUAGAGAAGUGAUUUUAAAUAUGAAUUCUGCAAACCUUCAAAGAAAUUAUUGUGACUACUUGAUUGGCGCAUAUUUGUGAAAUUUGUUCAUCCAAGAAAAUUGGCGAAAUAAAUAUUAGCAUCAUCGUGAAACUCAUUCAAUGAAAUUUCGUUAUUUGCAUCCCUGUUUUCGUAGUUGAAUCUCUCAUCAUCCUCUCCUGUCUCCCUCAGGAAUUUUCUUCCUUGCCCAACAUGAUUCUUCCUUUUCUUCCCUUUUAUCUGUGCCUGGUUGCUACCAGCCAAUCAUGUUGAAUUAAUCAUACUCUGUGGCCAAAACCCAAUAGCAAACUCUUCCUAUCAUUAUUUUUAACCUUUGCUCCCACAUUUUCUUGUAAUUAAAAAAAUGUCAAGUUGCUACUAACUUUUAUUAUACAUCAUCGCAUAAACAUCAACAACAUAUGAUUUAUAAAAAUAUAAAUAUAUAUAUAACAUCGACAGAUUGUCAACCAUCCCACUUCCUCCAUCUUGCGAGUUGCGAGCAGAGAAAUCCGACAUUCAUUAACAGCUGGAAACCUGGAAACGAUAUUUUAUGAUUAAAAAAAUUCUAAUAAUGUUGUGUAAUAAAAAAAUCCGAAUUAAAAUAA